AUGGCUCCCACUCCUCCCUCAACUCCUAUGGCAACCACCCCCGUGGUUGUCACGCCAAACUCGUCACUCUGGGACCGGGUCACGACAUGGUUCUCGGAGAACAAGGCAGUUGUAUAUACGAUUGCCGGCGUCGUCGUUGUUGUCACAGGCGCCGGUGCCGUGUACUAUCUACGGACCAGCUCAAGUGACGACGGCACACCCAGACUCAGCAAGAAGGAGAGGCGGAAACAGAAACAGGCCGAGAGGGAAGCAGAAGCCGAAGCCGAAAAGGCCGCCGCUGCGGCAGCAAAGCAGCCACAAACUGGACCCCCUCAGCCAAAGCCUGCCGCCGUCGCAUCUGAACCCUCGGACGAGCUUCUAGAGAUCGAUGAAACCACUGUGCUGAGUCUAUCUGACCAGGAGCGGAAGGAAUACUCCGCCAAGCUUAAGGAGGCUGGAAAUAAGGCGUACGGGGCGAAGGACUUUACCAAGGCCAUCGAGCUCUACUCCAAGGCAAUUCUCUGCAAGCCGGACCCGGUCUACUACUCUAACCGCGCCGCCUGCUACAAUGCGUUGGCCGACUGGGAAAAGGUAGUCGAAGACACGACCGCGGCAAUUGGCCUGGAUCCCGAGUAUAUCAAGGCUCUGAACCGCCGUGCCAAUGCCUAUGACCACCUGGGCAAGUACAGCGAGGCGCUGCUGGAUUUUACUGCGAGCUGCAUCAUCGAUGGGUUUAGGAACGAGCAGAGUGCACAAGCCGUAGAGCGGUUGCUCAAGAAGUUCGCCGACUCGCGAGCGAAAGAAAUCCUUGCUUCCAAGCCACCGAGGUUGCCGAGCGCUACUUUCGUGAGCAACUAUCUGCAAAGCUUCAGGCCGAAGCCCCGCCCGGCUGGGUUGGAAGACUCGGUCGAGAUUCCCGAGGAUACCGGAAAAGGCCUGCUGCAGCUUGGUCUUAAGCACCUCGACAACAAGGCUGGCUCGGGAUACGAGACCGCUGCUAAGGCGUUCGAGAACGCGCUUGAGCGUGGCGACCUGGGUGAGUUUGAAGCACUGGCCUACAACAUGCGCGGAACAUUCCGCUGCCUGAAGGGAAACCACGAAGAUGCUCUAUCCGACCUCAGCAAGAGCAUCGAGCUGGACCCUGCAAUGACGCAGAGCUACAUUAAGCGAGCGAGUAUGAAUCUCGAGCUAGGUGCUCCUGAAAAGGCCGAGGAAGAUUUCGAGAAGGCGUUGCAACAGAACGAGGCAGAUCCUGACAUUUAUUAUCACCGGGCGCAGCUUCAUUUCAUCAAGGGAGCGUUCCCUGAGGCGAGCAAGGACUACCAAAAGUCGAUCGAUCUCGACCCCGACUUCAUCUUUUCACACAUCCAACUUGGCGUCACCCAGUACAAGAUGGGGUCGAUAGCGUCGUCGAUGGCUACGUUCCGACGAUGCAUGAAGAAGUUCGACAAGGUCCCAGACGUCUACAACUAUUAUGGCGAAAUUCUCCUCGACCAGAGCAAGUAUCAGGAGGCCAUCGACAAGUUCGAUAUGGCCAUCGAGCUUGAGAAGGAGACCAAGCCCAUGUGUAUGAACGUGCUGCCCCUGAUCAACAAGUCCCUGGCCCUCUUUCAAUGGAAACAGGACUUUGCGGAGGCCGAGAAACUCUGCGAGAAAGCCCUGAUCAUCGAUCCCGAAUGCGAUAUUGCCGUUGCCACAAUGGCUCAGUUGCUGCUCCAGCAAGGCAAGGUUACUGAGGCCCUCAAGUACUUUGAACGGACGGCGGAGCUGGCAAGGACCGAGGGAGAACUUGUCAACGCCUUGUCGUACGCUGAGGCCACCAGAACUCAAAUCCAAGUCCAGGAGAAGUACCCAAAGCUAGCCAGCAAACUCUCUGGGGCCGGCAACCCGGGCAUGAUGCGGUAG